AUGAAUCCACGCCUUGCGAAACAAAACAAAGGUAGUGAAUGCAUCUCAGCAGGCCAUAUAGACUGCACUUGGCAUUGGUGCACUUCGCAGCGUUUUGAGUGAUUCGGCAGAAAGCUGCUCUUUGGGUUGGCGAUUUUUCGGUGAGGAAGUGAUUGUUUUCAACCGAGAGGAAAAUUUCCCACUCCUGUCAUCUCUCCGCAUCUCCUGCGUGGUUUAGAAAUUUUCUGUUUUCAUUUUGCGCCUCAACUGAGAGGAGGCUAGAAAGUGAGUAAUAAAACUGCGAUUCAGAAGGGAAAGGGGUCACGCCGAAAGUACGUGCCGAAGAUGAGUGUCGCAGCCCUCACCAUCAACGAUUUGCCGUUCGAGAUACUGUGCGAUCUCUUUGAUUAUCUGCCGCUUGGGGACAUCAAAACGGCUUCCCUCGUUUGCCACCGAUGGCAUCAGAUAAUUUUCUCCGAGCUUUACAUCAAACGUUUCCGGAUGGUCAUCAGCUUGAACCAGUUCUUGCCAGAGCUCAAGCGGAUGGUGCAAGUGCUCGAGCGAUCGGACCGUGAAUACUAUAACAUAAUUUUGAAAGCAAAUUUGGGUAGUCCCCUGACCGAGGCACGACUCAAGAUAGUGAAAUUUAUUGUAAGAUUGAUCACCCAAUACGCGGAAUCGCUGUACUUCAACAUGGCUGAUCUGCGUUUGGAAUCAUGCGUUUCGGAGCGUUUGCUCCGCAGUCGAAAACUCCAACUGAUUGACACCCGUGCCAAAUACAUCCCACUGGGGAUGGGCCUCAAGGAAUCGAUGCUGGCCGCAAUCUGUGACUACGCCACCGACCUGCAGGAUUUGGUAAUCGCCGAAAUGAACAUCACCAAUCCGAAGGCGCUGGAAAACCUCUCGCAACUGACACGCCUCAAGCUGCUGCUCAUCAGUGACUACUACCCGUACGUGAGACCACCCUGCCCUCCGAUCAAUCUACCGAACCUCGAGAACCUCUCGCUCAUCAACGUCACGGACGAGUCGAACUUUUACUUCAAAACCGAUAACCUCAAACGGUACUUCAUUCACACCAACGGAACGCACGCUCCGCGAUCGAUGGAAUCGAUCGCUGAGAACAUCAGUGGCAUAAGCCGACUGUGCAUUCAUUUCACCGCCCGAACCAUCAUGGCCGAACAUAUCUUCGCGGCGUUGGAAAAGUUUCCUUAUCUGAACGCGCUCGAGCUCGGUGGCGUCGCGAUCCCCGCCAGUGUGCUGAGGGACCUCAACCCGCGCAAUCACAUUCAGAAGCUGAUAUUUGUGGAGUGCCAUUUGGAGUCGCUUCUUCUGAAUGACUUAACCGAGAAGCUGGGAUACCUGAAGCAGCUGGUGUUCGAUUCGUGCUUCCUCUUCCACAAGCGGGACGGAUUUCAACGGAUACAGUAUGAUGACUUGCAGCAGCUGAGGCGAUCGAUGCCGAGCUGUCAAGUGAUGCUAGAUUAUAACUGAGAUGUGCCCUCCGGUGAGCUUUAGGGGGGUGUUAAAUGAUGGGACAAUAUUAUCAUAUAGCUGCGAAUAUUUGGGUACAUAAACACAAACACAAACAGCGAUAUCAGAUGCGAAUACACUAGCAAAUUUAUAGUGUUAUGAUUGUUAUUAUGUGGUACAAAUAAAAAGAAGUUUAUCGAAAGAA